GCGCAGCGCAGUCAUUCAGCUUCUGCGCGCAAAGCGGACGGAGCUCCGCGGAUCCGCAGCAGAGCGUCAGGAACCAGAGAGCGCAUGGAGCUGCUGCCCCGGGGAGCGCGCACGCGGCUGCCGCUGCUGCUGCUGCUGCUGCUCGGCCUCAGCUGCCGCGUCAGAGCCGGAGACGACCGCAGAGUGUGCCGAGGGAUGACUAACCAGCUGACCCUGCUGGGAACUCGCGAGAAUCAUUACAAAAGCAUGGUGAGAGAGUACUCCAACUGCUCGGUGGUUCUGGAGAACCUGGAGAUCACGUACAUUCAGGAGCACCAGGACCUGUCCUUCCUGCAGUCAAUCCAGGAGGUUGGCGGCUACGUUCUGAUCGCCAUGAACGAGGUGUCGACCGUCCCGCUGGUCAAUCUGAAGCUGAUCCGAGGACAGAACCUCUACGACAAGUUUUCUCUGCUUGUGAUGUCCAACUACCUCAGCAGCAACGUAACCGGAGCGCCAAGAUACAUCAGCGGGCUGCGACAGCUGCAGCUCAGCAACCUGACCGAGAUUUUAAACGGAGGGGUGAAGGUGACCAACAACCCUCUGCUGUGUAACAUGCAGAAUAUCCAGUGGUGGGACAUCGUAGACAAGGCCAGCUAUUCCAACAUACUUCUGAAGUUUGAUGACUACAAACAAGAUUGUGAGAGGUGUGACCCCGGGUGUGUCAACGGUUCAUGUUGGGCAGCGGGACCUGAACACUGUCAAAAAUUCACCAAGCUAGUGUGCGCGGAGCAGUGUGGAACCGGGAGGUGUCGCGGCCCCAAACCCAUAGACUGCUGUCACCAGGACUGUGCUGCAGGCUGCACUGGACCUCUACCAACCGACUGCCUGGCCUGUAAACACUUUAAUGAUGAUGGUACCUGUAAGGACUCCUGUCCACCUUUGAAGCUCUAUAACCGCAAAAUCCACCAGGUGGUCAUCAACCCCAACGCCAAAUACACCUUUGGACCGACGUGUGUUAAGGCCUGCCCACAUAACUACGUGGUGACCGAGGGCUCAUGUGUCCGGGCCUGCAGCCCCGACACGUAUGAGGUGGAGGAGAAUGGAGUCCAGCGCUGCAAAAGAUGUGAAGGGCCUUGUCCUAAAGCCUGCGAUGGAGUCGGCAUUGGCACACUCGUCAACACAAUCGCUGUCAACUCUACAAACAUCGAAUCUUUCAGGAACUGCACAAAGAUCAACGGAGACAUCAUUCUCCUCCAGUCUUCCUUUUCAGGAGAUCCACACUACAACAUCCCUCCUAUGGACCCUGAGAAGCUGGAAUACUUCAAGACAGUGAAGGAAAUCACAGGGUACCUGUUCAUCCACACCUGGCCAAAGAACAUGACGUCUCUGUCGGUGUUUGAAAACCUGGAGAUCAUCAGGGGGAGGUCACAGUUAAGGAAUGAAUUCAGCUUCGUGGUGGUGAACACAGACACCCACUGGCUUGGUCUGCGAUCCCUGAAGGAGUUGAGUGCCGGAGACGUGCGUCUGAAGGACAACCAUCUGCUGUGUUACUCCAAAGCCAUGAACUGGUCCUACCUUUUUCGAGACAAAAAGCAAAAAGUGGUUCAAACCCCCCUGGUGGACGUGUGCGAGAGGAAGAAUCAAACCUGCGACCAGCAGUGCUCGAGCCACGGCUGCUGGGGUCCGGGCUCCAACAUGUGUCUGACCUGCCAGUACUUCAACCGCGGGCAGCGCUGUGUGGAGCGCUGCAACCUGCUGCAGGGUGAACCCCGAGAGGUGGAGGUGGACGGCAGAUGUGUCAAGUGUCACCCAGAAUGCUUGGUGGAGACUGGGACCCCGACCUGCCACGGACCGGGGUCCGACCAGUGUUCCCAGUGUGCCCACUUUAAAGAUGGCUCCCACUGCGUGCUGAGGUGCCCCCAUGGAGUUCUCGAUGACGAGAGCACGCCUAUUUGGAAAUAUGCGGAUCAGAAGGGCCAGUGCCAGCUGUGCCAUCAGAACUGCACUCAGGGGUGUACUGGACCAGGACUGUCGUGGUGCUUGAGAACUAGCAAUAACUCCUCUCUGGCGGUGGGCGUGGUCAGCGGGAUCCUGGUUGCAGUAAUCGGGAUUCUGGUGGUUCUAGUCCUCUUUCGUCGGCAGAGAAUUAAGAGGAGGAGGACUUUACGGCGCCUGUUGCAGGAGAAGGAGCUGGUGGAGCCUUUAACUCCAAGUGGUCAGGCUCCCAACCAGGCACUGCUGAGGAUCCUGAAGGAGACGGAGUUCAAGAAGGUCAGGGUGCUCGGCUCAGGGGCCUUUGGGACGGUCUUCAAGGGUCUGUGGAUUCCUGAGGGGGAGAACGUUAGGAUCCCAGUUGCCAUCAAAGUCCUUAGAGAGGCCACAUCGCCCAAAGCAAAUCAGGAAGUCCUGGAUGAAGCGUAUGUGAUGGCGAGCGUGGAUCACCCUCACGUGUGCCGGCUGCUCGGCAUCUGCCUGACGUCCUCCGUUCAGCUGGUGACUCAGCUGAUGCCGUAUGGCUGCUUGCUGGACUAUGUCCGGCAGCACAAGGACCGCAUCUGUGCCCAGUGGCUGCUCAACUGGUGUGUCCAGAUCGCUAAGGGCAUGAACUACUUGGAGGAGCGCCACCUUGUGCAUCGAGAUCUGGCAGCAAGGAACGUCCUGCUGAAAAAUCCAAACCACAUCAAGAUCACAGACUUUGGCCUGGCCAAACUGCUGACAGCCAAUGAGAAGGAAUACCACGCGGAUGGAGGAAAGGUUCCCAUAAAGUGGAUGGCCUUGGAGUCAAUCCUGCAGUGGACCUACACUCAUCAGAGCGACGUGUGGAGCUAUGGGGUGACGGUGUGGGAAGUGAUGACUUUUGGCUCCAAACCGUAUGACGGCAUCGCGGCCAGUGAGAUCGCCUCGGUGCUGGAGAGGGGGGAGCGUCUACCUCAGCCACCCAUUUGCACCAUUGACGUCUACAUGAUAAUGGUUAAAUGUUGGAUGAUCGACCCGUCUAGUCGUCCCAAGUUCAGAGAGCUGAUUAAGGAGUUCUCCCAAAUGGCUCGUGAUCCAUCCAGAUACCUCGUCAUGAGGGGUGACUUGCCGAGCCCGUCAGACACCAGGCUUUUCUCCCGCCUGCUGAGCUCAGACGACACAGAGGAAAUAGCUGAUGCAGAUGAAUACUUGCUGCCAAACAAACGCCUGAUUCCACCUGACAACCAUCCCUGUGGUGCAAUGAACGGUCAUUUGGCCAGAGAGAACAGCGGAGCUCAGCGAUACAUUACUGACCCCACCCAGAGUGGACUGGAUAAGGAGGACUGUUUUGGCCAUGAAUACAUGAACCAGAGCAUGAGUGAAACCAGCCGGAGCAGCAGGCUGUCGGAGGUUCUCAAUCCCAACUACGAGGACCUGAGCCCGAGCAGUGGCAUCGCCUCCCUUCUCCUCUCACCGGAAAAUCUGGAGCCCUCAAGACCUGAAUACCUAAACACGGCAGAGCUUUGUCGCCCCCUGGAGCCCAGCGACAGCCUUGAAAACCCAGACUACCAGGCUGCCUUCCUUCCCCCCACAGUCACUGCAGCAUUUGGAAACGGCCUGUUCCUUCCCACGGCAGAGAAUCUUGAGUACUUGGGACUUAAUGCUACGCAGUCUCCUCCUGUACGCUAAGGGGCAGCAGUGUGCAGCUGUUUGCGGGGCCAAGCUAUGGUUUACUUUAUUCAGGCAGCUCAGUAUUUAAGUCCACGGUUUACUGUCAGUCAUUUUGAGGAAACGUUGAGUCUAAAGUGGAACAAACGAGAACCCGACUGCCUUUAGCCCAGAACCAUAACAUUAAAACCAGAUAUUUGAUGGGUAGAACCCAAAGAAGCCAGUUUGGACCCUCAGUUCCAUCCCAGCCGAUGCGUGGUCGCAUCUGAGGAGGUGUCAUGCAGACCAGACCAUCGAUUCUGCAGCUUCUUCUCACAGUGCAGGAGUACUGGUUCCACAUGAAAGCACCUGCCCACCACAAGCAGAAGACACCAAAACAGAGUCACGAGAAGUGGUUUCGGAUUGCCAAUCCAGAGGAAGCUGCAAUCCCACACAGUUCACUCUGGAGCUGUCGCAGUGCACCAAGCUUUACACCUCCAGUCUCUAAUCAGGACCACAUUGGAGCAUCAUGCGCAAAAACUGUGGGGAGUAACCCAAUGCAAACUGUGAAAAAAAUAAACAAAAAACUGUUGGUUCUUAUCUUUGGGGGUCAAAGUUCAGCCACACCUCUACUGCAAGGAGUUCAAGCAGACAGCAGCGCCCCCUGCUGGUUCUGUGCAGGCUUUGUACCUCUAUAAUGCUCCUCCUUAACACUGUAAAUAGAAGACGAAAAGCACUGAGAGUUUGAAUGUUUAAAGAAGCUACUAACUGUCAGUGUGAUGUUUUAUGUGUUCACUGUUUUUUGACCCCCCCCCCCCCCUGCUCCUCAGGUGAAGAUGAUGAACAGUAUUUGUGUUCUGGAGAAAAUGACGGAGCUCUAUCACCAGAACCCAGCAUCAGCCUUCUCCCGCUCCCCGACCUCGGUUUGUGUAGCAUCCUAGUUGAACUUUUAUGGGGUCCAAACGGUUUUAACUGCGUUUUACUUGACAAGAAUGAGCCAAACGUCCUGCUUCUUUGUGUUUGCUGCUGAUUUUCAUGUAUAAAAGCUGUGUAUGCAUCACUGGC